AUGACAGUAGUUAGCGCCGUAUAAAAGCGGCGGCGCGCGCGCAGCCUCCUCGACAUUGUUUACUCGAGACGUAUCGUUAAGGUGUUAGGCGAAAAUAAAUCAUGAAGUUCCUGAUCGUGGUUUGUGUAUUGGUGUGUGGUGCGAGUGCUAAUGUUGCACCCUUCCUGACAGCUUGCAAGGCAUCAGACGCAGCCUGCCUGCUAGCCUCAGCCAGGAAGGCGAUCCCCUUCGUCACGGCCGGGGUCCCAGAGCUGGGUCUGCAGCCCCUGGAUCCCAUGACCAUCGACAAAGCGGGAUCGCGAGAGGCUGGUCUCGAACUUGACAUGAGAGACACCACUGUUAAAGGGCUGAAGAACUGCGAUGUUCCCAAUUUCAAACGCAAUGGAAGAAGAAUGAACCUGGAUGUGAAAUGCCCCAACCUCCAGCUGAGUGGGGACUACACCCUCGGGGGCAAGCUGCUGAUCCUGCCCAUCGAGGGCAAGGGCAAAUACAAGAUCAAGAUCCGCGACAUCCUGGUGAAGAUCCAGAUCGAGACGGCCGACGUGGAGAAGAACGGAGACAAGUUCUGGAAGGUCGCCAGCUGGAAGUUCACAACCGACGUCCAGACCAACGUGCAUUACGCCUUCCAGAACCUGUUCAACGGAAACCAGCAGGCUUCCGAUACCAUACACCAAUUCGCGAAUACCAACUGGAAGGAGAUAUACAACGAAGUCGGCACCCCCGUCACCAGCGCCAUUGUCAGCAGGAUCGUCAAAGCCAUUGAGAAGAUGUUCGAGAAAGUGCCUGUUAAGGAGAUCAAUAUAGAGUAGUUUAGUUACCAAAAUUGAUAGUAGAUGGCGCUGUGACGUCGAUUACAUUGCGCUGUUAAUUUUUCUACAAUUCUAUGUAAGGUCAAAGAGAACGCGAUUUUCUAGAAAACAAGAAAGCGUUUGAUUUAUGAUUUCAUAUAGUAUCUGUAGUAGUUUCUACUUUCGUAAUUAAUUGACUUUACAUAGAACUACUCACGCGGGGUUCCACCACAAAGGUUUUUCUUGUAACUAAUUAUUGUUUGUGGUCGCUAUUAAUUAUUUAUCAUGCAACGAAUGCAAGAAAUAUUUGUUUGUAAGAAAGAAGUAUUGUAUUUGUAAAUAACCUUGCUAAGGGGACAGAUUGCCAUAAAAUCGAAUUAAAUACAAGAUUUUAUAUUAA